GGAAAAUGAAGUAGAAGUGUAUUGCCGCUGGCAAUGUACGAAGAGUAGGAAAGAAAAGGGGACUGUAAGAGCGUCCCCUAGUUUCAAGUUGAUUCUUCCGACGUGCCAGUGGUUUAGCCAGUAGUAGUCGAAAGGACUUGGCCGUCGACAGUGAACAAAGCGAGCUGGUCUCCAUUAGCAGUCUUACACAAAGCAAAGAAGAUCCUAACGCUAGUGAACAAAUCCAUCGCAACCCUAUCAAGUGCGCCUGCGUCUCUAUCCGAGUGGAACUCUCGUCGUCUUCGGCCAGCAUGUGUCGUGAAGGAGAAAUGACGGACACAAUGUGCAAAGUGAGCGAGAAUCGUGCCUCGGCAUAAGGAAACCUCAGAUUAGAUUUCACGUAGUGGUCUGCUGCUUUUGAAUUGCACAUCAGCCUUUGAGGGUAAGUCGCAGCGUGUGAUGGCAAGCGGACAGCAACAAUAUCGAAAGCAUUCAGAAUACUCAAUGCCUGCUGCCACCCCAAUGGAUCAACUUAUGCAGGGACCUCUGGUGGCUUGGGUGCGAACCUUCAAAGAUGACGACGAAAACCGCACAGAACUGGAUUACUCUCAGCUGAUCGAUGGAGCCUUUCUUGACAACGUCUUUUCCAGACUCGACCCAAGAACGAAUGGAAGAGCCCAUAUCCAGCCGGCAGAAGAUGUCUACACUCGAAUCCGAAACUUCGAUUCCCUGGUACGAGCCGUUAAAGGAUUCUACGAGGACGUGUUGGGUCAAUUCGUGUUAGUCCGCUUACCUGAUCCAGUGACACUUGGUCGUGACCCGGACAGUGAGACCGGUUUAGCUGGAAUGCAGACGCUCUUAUUGUUGGUUCUUGGCUGCGCCGUUCAGGGUCCCAGCAAGGAGAGCGUCAUUGAAGACAUAAAAAGACUUCCUCUGGCAACUCAACACGACAUAGUUAAUUGUAUACAGCAGGUGGCUGACAACCCAGCAUGCGUGUGGAACAAAGACUGGACAGAAUGGGAAUCCAUCGAAUCAUGCCAUGGAACAUGGGAGGAUAAAGAAGAGCAGCAACAGCACCGCGAUGAACUGUUUCGAAUUUUAGUUCAACAUUUACGUCGGCUCGUCCAAGAACGAGAUGAUUACGCUCAUCAAUUUACGAACGUCGUGCUGAGAGAGUUGUCGAACAGUAACAAUGCCAAUACCAUGUCCUCCAUGCAGCGCCACAGCAACGCUUCGCCGCAGAGCGGCGUCGUCGUCGAGCUGGCCGAAGCCAAAGCCAAGAUCCGUCGCUGGCGCCAAGAACUGGAGGAGAAAUGCGAGCAAGUGGCGGAAUUGCGCGACGAGCUCGACGCUCUGAAAACUCAAUCGUCGAAAAUCAAACAAGAGAAUAUUGACCUGGUGCAGGAGGCGAGAUUGUCGAAAGCCUUGCGCGACGAAUUGGACAUAGUCCGUGAGAGGGCAUCGAAAGUGGAUCGAUUGGAAGCCGAAUUGAACCGCUAUAAAGACAAACUCAACGACAUCGACUACUACAAGGCUCGCCUGGACGAGCUCCGUGAAGACAAUCGGCUGCUAGAAGAGACCAAAGUCAUCUUAGAGGGGCAGCUGGAAAGCGCCCGGCAGAGGGCAGAGCUCGUUCUCGACUUGGAGGGCGAACUCCUCAAAUGCAAGAGCCAAUUGACGAAUCUGCUGGUGGAGAAAGAGGCCGAUAAGGAGCGGCUGAAGAAACUGGCCGAGGAGAACGCCCACUGGCAACUCUGCACCAAAAACUGUUUGAGCGAAUCGGCCAGCUUGACGGCCGAGCUCGAAUCGUUGAGAGCUCAUCAGGCUUUGUCCGACGCCGCGUCCAAGGACCAGUUUGCCAAUCUCGGCGAGCAGAUGAGCUCCGUGGACCUGCUGGGCAAAGCCAGACGUCUGGAGCUGGAGAACCAGCGGCUGACGAAUUUGCUGUCGUCGACCAACGCCAAAGAGUCGGGCGUCCGCGGCGACAACGGCGAAAAGAUAUUGCAACUCGAAGGAGAAUGCACCCGGCUCAAAUUACGUCUCGUAGACCUAGAAGAAGAACGGCGAGCUAAAGAGAGCCAUGUGGCCGAGAUGAUGGCAGCCGUCACCCUGCGCGCUGCCGAAGUCGAAAAGCAACACCAGGAUCUCCAUCGCAACCACCAGGAACAGCAAAAUCUCAUCGAAAAUCUCAAGAUGGAACGAUGCAAGAUAGAAGAACUCGAAUUACAAGUCUCCUCGCUUGGUGCUGAAAAUCAGAAACUGCAGCGCUCCGCCGAUCUCUUCCAGAGACGAGUGGAUUCAGUUCAGAACGAAUCACGCGACCUGGAAUCGGAGAAUGCAAAGCUACACAAAACGGUGGAAAGUCUUCGGCAUUCGCUGCGGCGACUAAACGACUUGGAGAAGGAGAACACGGACCUUGAGAGCGAGAACCACCGCCUCGAUCGCGAAAGCAAAGGACUUCACAAGGAGAUUGUUCGACUCAAACAAUCCAUUGAGAUAAAAGACGCCUCGUUGGACGAAUUCAGUUCUAAACUUUCGACGGCUGAACGCGAGUGGAAACGCUUGGCUAAGGAAGUGAGUGCGUUGCAGGCGCAAGGAUGUAAGCUGCGCGAGCUGGAACGCGACAACAAAGAGCUCCAACAGUCGUCCAUCGUCGAGCACAAAACUCUGGCGGCCAUCAGAGAGGAACUGGUUCAAGAGAAGAUUCGCUGCCAGCAGUUGCAAUGCCAACUGGACACCAAUUGUCGAACGCUGGAGAUCAGCCGAAUCGAGCGCGAAACGCUCAAGAGUGCCAACGAAGAAUUGACGCAGCGCUGUGUUGCGGCGGCCAGUCUCGAACUGGCCGCUAACAAGCCAGAAGCUGCUGGAUAUGCGCAGCAACAGGAAUCGCUGCCUCCGACUUUAGAGCUGGGUCGAGAAGUGCUAGCCGUUAAAGAUCGAUUGGUUGAGCUCGAGCGUCAGAAUGCCGUGCUGUUAGCCGAGAAAGACAACCUGACGGCUCAGAUUUGCUCGCAAAAGGAGCGAGUCAAUGAGACGGGGGCGCAAUUGGCCGCUUUGUCGCAACAGUUGGCCACGCUCCAGGUCGAGAACUCAACCCUGGCCUCCCAACUGGAUUCGACGACGACGCAGAACUCCGGCAUCCAGACGGCGCUGGCUGCUGUUGAAUCCGAGCGAGAGAAACUGGCUGCCCAACUGCAGUCGUCCGAUAGCAGGUUGGAACGCGUCGCUCGAGAUCAGCAAGAGCUGCAGACGCUGCACGAACAGCUUCAGAGCGAAUACGACGCUCUGCUGGCCGAACGCGAACAACUGAAGAUCUGUCAACGCGAAAGCAAAACGGAAUUGAGGUCCUUGCACGACCAGUUGGCCACGAGCGUCGUGGCCGAGCAGGAAUGGCAACGCUCGCGGACGGAGCUGCAAGAAGAGCUGGAUAAGUCGAGGGCCGAAACGCGGUCGUUGACUAAUCUCAGAGCUGAGCACUCGCGUCUCAAAGAUGAUUUCCGCUCACUCUUCGUGGCCAAUGAGAAGCUCAAAAGCGAGUACAAGUGUUUGCAGAACGACUACAAGAGCCUACGCGGUGAGCAUAACACGUUGAAACUUAAGCACACCCAGUUGCAAGGAGAAGCUGCCGAAUCUCGCCACCAGGUGACCAACCUGGAUGUAGAAUUAAGCAAGUUGAACAACAAGUGCGAUGUUCUGCAACAAUGGAACACGACUCUGGAAGAAGAUAAGCGCAAUCUGGUCAAUCAAGUGUCGGUUUUGCUGGCCCAGUACCACGAACUCUUCAGCCAGACGCUCGAGGAAAAAGACCACUUCCACGAGGAAACCAAGAACUUUAGCGAUAAGUUCAACCAUCUCAAACGACAGAAGGAAAUUCUCGAGGACAAAAUAAUGGAGCAGUAUCGCCGGAUGGAAAACUGUCCAAGCGGAGGAAGCGGAUCGCCCUUCAAGAAGAACGCGAAGGCCAGCAUUGGCGCUCUCUUUGUACGUAAAAUGCGGAGGGCCUCGUCAGAAUUAAUCAGUCGCGUUCCGCGUUCACGAUCCCGCAAUCGGGUUGGCGACGGACUCGUAUCUGGCGACCGGGAAAGCCCGGACCAACAAGACGGACAAAUGGAUACGUUCAGCUUGGAAUCCGGAUCGCAUUCCGGCUCCAAUUCCGGAUGCGGUUCCAUCGACGGCGGCAGCGGAGGCGAAGGCGACGCGACGCCCACCAGUCUAACGGGCAGUGUCGGCGGUACCUCUACAGAUCUUCAUCCGGGAAGCGGGAGGAGUUGGAAUGAGCGGGAUCGCAAUCGACAAUCCAUGCCCAUCAUUCACUACCAACAUACAGAUCCUGGAAAUUGUGCUCCAACCACCACUGGUUCUGCGCAUCAUCCAGUUUCUCCUGAUGGCGUGUGCAACGGUUCCCCAACAACAAAUAGCAACAGUCAAAUCAACGGCAACCCACUUCUGUCUAACUUAUCGGCAAUCAACGGAAACUCGGACGACGUGGAAUCCGAGUGUAACGCGCACAAUUCCGCCGCGACCAACACACCACAUCCCAAAGGUUCACUGAGCGGCAAUCUGAUAUCGGCUGCACCGUUGAUGAUGAUGGCUCCCUGCUCUCCGCAUGUUCAGCAGACUUCGGCUAGAGUCGACGGCCUUGUCACCGGAUUCCACGCCAGUUCCACACCCAAUUCGGGUAAGAACGCCGUUCCAGUAGGCGCGUUACCGAGGUUCGGCCAACCGUCGCGCAGCCUAGCGCUGCUGGAGCGCGCCGGAUCGAGGCAGCCUCUUUGCCUUUCCGAAGUCGAUCCGUCUCUAGUCUUGUGCGAUUCCGCCAGCCCUCUGGCUUUGCCGUUGGCGUCUCGUUCGUCACCGUCGAUGACGCCCCGCAACGUGAGUCCAUCCGGUAGCGACUCGAUGCCGAUGGUUAGCAAUAACACCAGCAGCGCGAGCAACAACAAGAACCACAAUAAUAAUAAUCAGAUUAACAGCAGCAGCUCAAGCCGAAGUGGGACGCCUGCUACUCUAGUCCAAACAUCAAUGACGGGAAUCAGUCCGACGCCUCUUGACACAAGCACUCCCAAUCCCAAGUUGUUUCCGCACCUCACCUGCACCACCCGCAUCAAUGUUAAUAUAAGCACAGCAGCCAUUACUCCUCUGACAUCAUCCCCAUCGCCUUCGUCUCCCUUGUUUCCUGGCCCUUUAGAAAGAAGAGGCUCUCUGCGACUUCCACCUAGACCUUCGCCUAGGAUAUCCUCCGCCGAGGGUCCUCCUCUGCCAGCUAGAGUGACCAAUCUGGAUAAGCCUGCAUUACCACCACGGCUAUAUACCAGUAGCACAGCAGCACCAGCGGUGGAAGAGAAGCCUGUCGAGGACACGACCGUUAAUGGCAGCACUACUGGCGCAGGCAGUGCCAGCUCUAUAUGGUACGAAUACGGAUGCGUCUGAGCCUCUAACUCAUUGUGCACUAGCCCUGCUAUGGCAACGGCCUAUUGAGGAAUGAAAGACUUCUUGUUCUAUAAUAGUCAAGUGACGUGUAUCUUUCCCAUUUCUUCGCACGUGCGAUGUCUUUGUGGAGUGUCGUUUACUCGGUAGGCUUCCUCAGUCGUUUUCAAAGUAUAUAAACAUUAAAUGAAUGAAUGUUAUUUUAAACGUCAUUAGCGUUAGCGCGUAAUCGUUUGAUCCGCCUUAUUGUGCAGCUUCUGACUUCUCAACCCCGCAUAGUGUCAUGCUCUUUAAUCUGGGUUUAUCUAACGCUCCAAAGCGCGAACGAGUUACGGUGGUGCAAUGCAAAUGAGGAGCACCGUUGCCUAUUUUGCUGGCUAUGCCUCGUGAAGGAUUCGUACGGCACCCUUUGUAACACCAAGAUACCCUAACAAAUGCUUUCUGAUUUUCAGUUGCUUGAUGCGAAUAACAAUGUUUGGUGGUAUUAAAUGAUUAACCUACACAUAACAUUCGAAUUUCUUACUUUUACAUUCAUUCCAUAUGUUUUCUAUUAGCGUUAUGUUAUUUCCGUAUGAAUUUGAAGAAGACGCCCUAAAAUUUAAUAAAAGUCAAUGUCCCUCCUGUAAA